UGGGGCUCGUAGUUACGUGUGUGCCGACAGUUGACCGUAGUCAAAAGCCGAUUACAGUUUAUCUCUUCUGUGUCAUUCCGCCCUCGUCUAACUCGAGGCUUCUCCAUGUCAUCGCCCAAGUUGUGAGCGAGCGCCAUGGAUUCCCCUUCGGCGUCUCCGGGCGCGAGGAGCUCCGCGGACGCUGUGCUUGCGCCAGCGGGGUAACUUUUACGCACGGCUCGGCGCCCUUGAGCCCCCAACCUCCCCCCUCCCCUACCCCCAUACCCCUGCAAGGAAACUGUCCCCCGCGGAGAUGGCCACGCGUUGAAUCGAAGAAAAAGAAGUUUAAAAAAAGAGCAAACCGAGCCGCUCUUACGAUGCAGAAGAGCGUGCGUUACAACGAGGGCCACGCGCUCUUCUUGUCUGCCGUAGCGCGUAAAGAGGGCACCAAACGCGGCUUCCUAAGCAAGAAGACCGCUGAGAACAGCCGCUGGCAUGACAAGUUCUUCGCUCUUUACCAGAAUGUCCUCUUCUACUUCGACAACGAACAGAGCGCACGCCCCGCCGGGAUUUACCUGUUGGAAGGCUGCACCUGCGAGCGCGCACCCGCACCCAAAAUGUCUACCGCGGGGAAAGAAGCCCUUGAGAAACAGCACUACUUCCUCGUGGUCUUCGGCCAUGAUGGACAGAAGCCUCUGGAGCUGCGAGCGGAGGAGGAGGUCGAGUGCGACCAAUGGGUGGAGGCCAUUCAGCAGGCCAGUUACUCCGACAUCAUCAUCGAGCGAGAAGUGCUGAUGCAAAAGUACAUCCACCUGGUGCAGAUCGUGGAGACAGAAAAAGUGGCGGCCAAUCAGUUGCGCACACAACUGGAGGACCAGGACACAGAGAUCGAGAGGCUGAAGGCGGAGAUCAUUGCUCUGAACAAAACCAAGGAGCGUAUGAGGCCUUAUCACGUCAACCAUGAAACAGAAGAUCCGGACAUCAAAAAGAUCAAGAAGGUGCAGAGCUUCAUGCGGGGCUGGCUGUGUCGCAGGAAGUGGAAGAUCAUCGUGCAGGACUACAUCUGCUCUCCUCACGCCGAAAGCAUGAGGAAGCGGAACCAGAUUGUCUUUAACAUGGUGGAAGCAGAGACGGAGUACGUCCACCAGCUCUACAUCCUGGUCAACUGCUUCCUCAGACCUCUGAGGAUGGCCGCCAGCUCCAAGAAGCCCCCCAUUAAUCACGACGACGUCAGCAGCAUAUUCCUCAACAGUGAGACCAUCAUGUUCCUGCAUGAGAUUUUCCACCAAGGCUUAAAGGCCAGGAUCGCUAACUGGCCCACUCUGGUGCUGGCCGACCUUUUUGACAUCCUGCUGCCCAUGCUGAACAUCUAUCAGGAGUUUGUGAGGAACCAUCAGUACAGCCUGCAGGUUCUGGCCAACUGUAAGCAGAACAGAGACUUCGACAAGCUGCUCAAACAGUACGAAACCAACGCCGCCUGCGAGGGGAGGAUGCUCGAGACCUUCCUCACCUACCCCAUGUUCCAGAUCCCUCGCUACAUCAUCACUCUGCACGAGUUAUUGGCACACACGCCUCAUGAACAUGUGGAGCGCAAAAGCCUCGAGUUUGCAAAGUCCAAACUGGAGGAACUGUCCAGAGUCAUGCAUGACGAAGUGAGCGACACUGAAAAUAUUCGUAAGAAUCUGGCCAUCGAGAGGAUGAUCGUGGAGGGUUGUGACAUCCUGCUGGACACCAGCCAAACCUUCGUCAGGCAGGGAUCUCUUAUCCAACUGCCAUCGGUCGAGCGAGGCAAGCUCAGCAAGGUGCGCCUGGGCUCGCUCUCCUUGAAGAAGGAAGGGGAGAGGCAAUGCUUCCUGUUCACUAAACACUUCCUCGUCUGCACGCGCAGCUCCGGCGGGAAACUGCACCUCCUCAAGCAAGGCGGCGUCUUAUCCCUCAUUGACUGCACUCUCAUCGAGGAGACAGACGCCGGGGAUGAAGAAUCUAAAGCUGGAGGACAGGUGUUUGGUCAGCUGGACUUCAAGCUGGUGGUGGAGCCGGCUGACUCGGCUUCGUUCACUGUGGUGUUGCUGGCGCCCUCGCGGCAGGAGAAGGCGGCGUGGACCAGCGAUAUUAGCCAGUGUAUAGACAACAUCCGCUGCAAUGGCCUGAUGACCAGCGUCUUUGAGGAGAAUUCCAAAGUCACCGUGCCUCACAUGAUCAAAUCCGAUGUGCGUCUCCAUAAAGAUGAUGUUGACAUUUGCUUCAGCAAGACGCUCAACUCCUGCAAGGUCCCGCAGAUCCGCUACGCCAGCAUGGAGCGUCUGCUGGAGAGGCUGACCGACCUGCGCUUCCUCUCCAUUGACUUCCUCAACACCUUCCUGCACACGUACAGGAUCUUCACCGCCGCCAGCGUGGUCAUGGACAAAUUGGCCGACAUCUACAAGAAGCCCUUCUCCUCCAUUCCCAUCAGGGCGCAGUACCACUCAUUUGACCGUCUGUCCAUCUCAUCCGUCUGUCCCGACUACGGUCUGAAGAUCAAGAAGAUAGCCCUGGAUCCGUCCAAGUCCUUGGAGUUGUUCUUCGCCACGAACCAGAACAACCGAAGCGGCGAGCACAUGAAUGACAAAUCUCCUCGUCUCUGCCGCAAGUUCUCUUCUCCCCCUCCUCUCUCCAUCUCCCCGCGCACUUCCUCGCCUGUCCCCGCCCGGAAGCUCUCCCUGCACUCGCCCGUCAGCGGCAGGGUGGGCGGGCUGGACCUAAGCGGUCCUCUCUCCGGCCUGAACCACAACACGUCCCAGUCGGCCGCCGGUAGCCCCACGUCGGUCCACACCCCGCAGACCCCGACGCCGACCACCUCCUCCCCGCCUCCUCCUCCUCCUCCUUCCUGCACUUUUCCACUACAAGACCAAGUGCCUCCCAUUCCCUCGUCUCCCGAGCAGACUCCAAGCCUGAGCACGGAGGGGGAAGACGUGCCCAAGAUUGACCCUUUUUGCGGCAAACUAAGACGGAGCAUACGCAGAGCCGUCCUGGAGUCGGUCUCCCUGGAGAAAAUCAUUCCCGAGUCUCCCCAAGGCAGCGAAGCAGGAGACAUGUCCCCGUGUCGCUCGCCGUCCACACCGCGACACCUCCGCUUCAGGCCACCGGGAGUCCAGUCGGGGGAGAACUCCCGCUGCGCAGUUUCUCCCGCCUCAGCUUUUGCCAUCGCCACCGCAGCAGCGGGGCAUGGCACACCCCCAGCGUUCAACAACCCCGAAAGAACUUGCGAUAAAGAGUUCAUCAUCCGACGGGCUGCAACCAACAGAGUUUUAAACGUGCUGCGGCACUGGGUCUCCAAGCACUCACAGGACUUUGAAAUGAACGGAGAACUGAAGAUGUCAGUCAUCUGCCUCCUGGAGGAAGUCCUCCGAGACCCGGACCUUCUGCCUCAGGAGAGGAAGGCCACUGCCAACAUACUCAGUGCCCUCUCUCAAGACGAGCAGGAUGACGCCCAGCUGAGGAUAGAAGACAUCUUACAGAUGGCAGACUGUCCCAAGGCGGAGUGUUUCGAGUCUCUGUCCGCUAUGGAGCUGGCUGAGCAGAUCACGCUGCUGGAUCACAUCGUCUUCAGGAGCAUCCCUUACGAAGAGUUCCUGGGCCAAGGCUGGAUGAAGUUUGACAAGACAGAGAGGACCCCAUACAUCAUGAAAACAAGUCAACACUUCAAUGAUAUGAGUAACCUUGUGGCGUCACAGAUCAUGACCCACACCGAUGUGGGCUCCAGGGCCAGCUCAAUAGAGAAGUGGGUGGCCGUGGCCGACAUCUGCCGCUGCCUCAACAACUACAACGGCGUCCUGGAGAUCACGUCGGCGCUCAAUCGCAGCGCCAUCUAUCGCCUGAAAAAGACCUGGGCGAAAAUCAGCAAGCAGACUAGAGCACUGAUGGAUAAACUGCAGAAAACGGUGUCCUCGGAGGGAAGGUUUAAAAAUCUGAGGGAGACCUUGAAAAACUGCAACCCUCCGUGUGUGCCCUACUUGGGAAUGUAUCUGACAGACUUGGCCUUCAUUGAGGAGGGAACGCCCAACUUCACAGAGGAGGGUCUUGUCAACUUUUCCAAAAUGAGAAUGAUUUCACACAUUAUCAGAGAGAUCAGGCAGUUCCAGCAGACGCCCUACAGGAUAGAGCAUCAAGUUAAGGUGACCCAGUACCUCAUGGAUAAGACGCUGAUCAUGGACGAAGAUACUCUCUAUGACCUCUCGCUGAAGAUUGAGCCCAGGCUUCCUGCCUGAUCAAUAACGUCCUUUGGCGAACGGGAGCCUGCCAAACUUGGACCCCACCCAUCCCCCAAUGAGGUCCACGCUAUCAUGUGAUGUCAAGCGAUCGAAUGAAGAAAAAGCCUGGGAAAGCUUUUACGAUUGUAAGCGUAAUGCUGGGAACACUUGAUUCGAGCAACUGGGCCGAUGGUCCUCAAGGACGGCAUUAGGGAGAUGAGCUUGAGGGUUUUGAGGAAACGGUGUGCCGCGUUGCCGCCCGCAUUCGCCAUUCCUCAGCGUGGUGCCGCUCGGUGGACGGAGUGGAUCGAUCGAAAUGUAGCAUACUGAGCGGACGCGACAGCGAGUUACCUUAGCUAACGUCUCCGUGUUGUCGUCCGUGUUGUGUUGCGCUGCUGCGUCCAUGUGCAAGAGCCUACGCCCCCCAAAAAAUGCUUUCUUCUGCAUGAUUUCAGUUUGGGGGUGUAAAUGUCUACAUGGCUUCCGGUUUCAUCUCUGACUCCAAUUUAGCACUAUACAUCCUCGGUGGGCUGGGUAGGGCAUACAUGCCCUAAACCCAUGAAAUAUUGAAUGCAGGGGUAUUGACCUUGUUUAUACCAGGCCGCAUUGUCGUUGGGGUAAUGAUACAGCUAGCUUUUAAAUUCAAAAUUCGUGUUCACAUUCAGAGCUGUAAGGGAAUACUGUACAUUGCAAAACAAACCUAAACCAGAACAGCGUCUUCAAUCUUUUCUUUUUUUUUUAGGACAUCUAAACAAUUGUUUACACAGAGUGAAUUAUUAUGAUAUCACAACACACACAAAAAAUAGGCAACACAGUGGUCUAGUGGCUGCGGCAUGUUUGCAUGUUCUCCACAUACUCUUGCUUCCUCCCACAUACAAACAUGCAUGUUAAGGUUCAUGAAACACUCUCAAAAUUGUCCAAAAGUGUGAAUGGUUCUUUGUCUCGAUCUACCUUGCCAUUGAUUCUACCAAGGUGUAACUCGCCUCUGGCCAAAUAUCAGUUGCGAUAAACUCAGUUCGCCCCCCGGGGCCAAGAUCUGGAGAAGCGGUUGAGCGAAUGGCACAUUUCUAACAGCAUUUCUUACUGCACAGAUAUUUAUGUCUGCAAUGAUCAUUUGAAAUUGCAGUAGAUUGCUGUUCUGCCAUUGCUGUGUCUCAAGCCCAAAAUCUGAGCCACGCUGUGUUUGUUUACAGACUAGGCGCACGUCUAGGGAAUCAAGCAGUUGCCCUUUCUUUUAACUAAUAUGCUCUGUGUGGGAACCUUAAUAAUGGCCCCAUCAUACUACUGAAUUGUCCUUUCAUUUUAGCAGAAGUCAAGGAAUCGUGAGGAUAAAUGGAUCAGAUAAUGGAUGGAUGGGCGUCUUCAACCAUUUUUACAUCUAUUUAGAAAUAAAUAUAUUCUUUCACAUAAGGUUCAGAUAUUUUAAUAAAUGGCUGACUAUAUAGAUAGAGAUUUUUCACCUCCACUCUUUUGAAAAAUGAAUGAUAAAAUUGUAAAAUGUCAGGAAACAGCUGUUUUUUUUUCAAACGCAACUCCUGUUAAUCGACGAGAUUACUGUUGUCGCUCAAAUGGACCCCUCGUGCUUGUUCUCUUAUCGUCAGCAUGUUCGUGCAACAAUUGAUAAACCAAUAGCGCCCUCUAGUGGUGUACCGUGCCCUGAUAAGAAUUUUGAAUACAGUCAGUAAAUGUUCUGACUUGGACAGUCUGCCACAUUGCGACACGUGUAAAAUUGGGCAACCACACGUUUUGAUUUGGUUUGUACUUUUUUUCAGGGGCGAGGGUGACUCCGCAUGAGUUGGGAAAUAUUUUAAAUUGUUCUAGUGUGAAUAUUAAUUUGAAUGUCUCGCGUCUCCGUUGCUCUUCUGGAUUGUAGAGCAAGAAAAAAAAGUUGUUUGAAUGUUUGGGGGAAAAAAUGUAGCAUUUGAAUAAUCAAAAUUUGUGUUCUGUAUGCUGAUAUGAUGAACAUAGUUGUCCUGCAUGUACACAACAACUGCAUGUCGUGCAUGUCUGACUGGCCCCUCCGCUUCUGGUUUGUCACGGUUUGUGUGUGUCUGUGCGUAGCUGUCAGGAGGCACACGUUUUUAUGUUAGUGUUCCUCGCCAGGUCCUAAAAUUGCCAGCUGUUCUUUUUGUACUGCACUUUGCCAUUUGAAGUGCCAGUCUGACACUCUGGGUGAGGGUGGGGUGGGGGGUGUAAUCAUGGAUGCUGAGUUUGUAAUGUAAAAGUCCUAUUUUUGCGUCUGUGUGUUUGUUACUACUGUGUCCGUCUGCAUUUUUUCACUUGCUGGUGCAAGGGAAAAUAAAUCAACAUGCCUUAA